AUGGCUCCCUUGAGGGCGCUAUUCGAAAUUAUAAACAAAAAGAAACGUGUUCGCAUGCUGUGUUCGUGUUUAUCAACAUUGUCCUCGUUGCUGUCAAACGGAGCAAAAAGAGUAGUUCCAAAGUGCAUACAGCUUAAGCGCAAGAAAUUUCCGGAGUGUUUACGAGGGAUAAUUCCGAAGGUAGAGCAGUCUCUUUUGACCAAGCUAAUUAGAAACAAACGCAAGUGCCUUGCAGAAGCAGAGCAAAAAACCUACGUAGCUCAUCUGUAUUUUUCCAAAGCAUGUGACCCCUCCACGUUGUACGUUCAACUGGGCAAAGUGCAAAGUAUAACAUCAAUCUCCACGCAGAAAAUUAAAAAGAAGUUGGACAAAAAGCUCCAGUGGCUACUCAAUUCGACGCGUACGCAAAAAGCAGCAGUAGUAACCACUCCAUAUUACAAUUAUACAAAAGAGCAAGUACCCAUAAUCGUACAUAACACACUGGAACGGGGUCCCAAGUACAUCUCACAUCCUAUGAGAUCGGAUUUCGACCAGUUAGUCCCAGCCACCUUAGCAGCUUUAAAAGCCUGCCAGACUGCACCAAUGUACCAGCAAAUGGAGUUAGAAGUCAUCACAAAGCUUGCUACAACAAAGCACAUCUCCGAUGCACCAAAUAGUCGCAAAAACCAACAAGCAGUAACGAAAUUCCUUGCCAAGAACGAUCUGAGGCUCUUAGUAUCGGACAAGGACAAAAGAUUUGUUUUGUGCAGAGAAAAUGACUUCAUCGCUAGAGCCAAUGAGUUUCUGUUACAAUCAUGCUCUGUGGAGAUAAACAGCGACCCAACAACAGCAGUACUGCGAAGAGCAAAGAAAAUCAUAGCACUUCCAGGAAUAGCCUUAACACUACCAGGACGCCUCGAUCCUCCAUCCAAUGUUGCAUGCCCUAGGCUAUUUUUCCAGCCAAAAACGCAUAAAGAGAACUGGCCACUACGACCAUUAGUAAACAAAAGGUCACAUCCCACUUACCACCUAGAAAAAGCCCUUGCAAAGUUUCUACGAGAGCUACUUCCGGAAUCACCGCAUGUCACUCCUUCCUCUAUGGAUGCCAAAACAAUCAUUAGUUCCAACAUGGCAAAAGCACAUGGCAAUAGCAGCAUGUUCUACAAAAUGGACGUGAUAUCCCUGUACCCAUCCGUUCCUGUAUUUGAAGCUGUAAUGCUAGCCAACGCUAUGCUCCUCGAAAAAGGUUUUACGGUUCAACAAGUGCUAGACAUUCGUGAAGCGUUGAUCUUUAUCACUGAAAACAACUAUUUCCGCUUCAACCAGAAAAUAUAUUUACAGAAGCAAGGAGUCCCCAUGGGCUCUCCUCUCUCAGCAGUAUUAGCCGAGCUCAUUAUGAGGGACGUGGAACAAAAAAUUUUCAAAGUUCCGCUUGCUAUGUGCUACCCAUCACUAUACUUGCGCUAUGUAGAUGACAUUCUACUAAUAUGGGAAAAUUCAGAAGAGGAGUUUAUCCAAUUUAUGCAGCAACUUUCAAGCGUGCAUUCCACCAUCAAUUUCACAUGGGAAAAGGAGCAAGAUCGAUCUAUAACAUUUUUGGAUAUGCGGAUACAGAAAUCAAUAGAAGGGCCGCAGUUUACGGUGCAUCAUAAGUCCAACAUAGUCCCCUAUAUCAUUCCAGCUGAUGCAUUUCAACCAUCGCGGUAUGUCAAUUCCGCCAUAGCGGCUCUCAUCAGAAGAGCGAUGCUACUUCCCUCAUCGCAAGCUCUAAUAAAAGUCGAACUGGAAAUCGUAAGAACGGCAGUACAUCACGCUGGAUUCACAAGUGCCAAAUUUACGCAUGUACUACGUAGGGUAAAAGAUUCCCUUUUCCCGUUUACCACACUACAUAGCAAAAAAGAAAUGUCUAGAGUACAAUCAGCACUGCCGUACCUAGGAGCACCGUCCAUACUUAUUAGCCGUAUUUUCCGGCGAUACAGCUUUACUCUUCCUUUAACUACCCUACCCAACCUACGCAGGAGUAUAUGCAAUGAUCGGGAUAAAGUCGACGUUUUAGAAAAAUCGGGAAUAUACGCAGUGCAACUGGAAAAUCCAAUAACGGGGACAAUUGAGAAGUAUAUAGGGGCAACGACAAGAAUGCUCGCUUGCCGUAUCGCAGAACAUCAAGAUGAUAUAAACAAAGGAAGACAGACCACAGAGCUCGCCAGAAAAGUUCUACAGCAGGGCUAUAACCCGUUAUGGUCAAAAACAGCGUUGCUCAGGAGCUGUAACAACAGAAGAAUUACAUUUAUUUGGGAAGCGCUCCUUACAAUGACCACAGACGCAUGCAACGUCCCCACACUCGACUUGCCCGAAAUAUGGGUUACUUUAUACCAGCGUUUAAAUAGCAAAAAGCGCCAAGAGUCGCACAAUUAG